AUGGCACUGUCCACCUUGUCCACCUUCCCAUUCCUAGCGCCGGCCGAGUUCAAGAGCGCGUGUCAAGAUCUGGCCGAUCGCUGCACCUCAGCCCAAAGCACUGGGGGCUGGUCUAUUCGACCCGUCACACAGACAUGUCCCAGCCUGCGCAUAACUCAAUACAUGGAUGUACAUGUACACACCGAUCUCAUCCAGGAUCCCGAUCGACAUGAGGCUUACAUGACACAGAUGGUGGAGGACGAGGAUCCGGUCGGCAAUGCCUCCCCUGCCCCUGCUUAUGCUGAUGCUUCUACUUCUACGAAGUACUGCGAUUAUGAUAUUGUGCUAUCUUCAUCAUACCAGGUCCCCGUCUUAUACUUUGCUCUGCGUUGGCUUCAUCAAAAUGGCCCCGUGGGGCUAGAUGCCGUCUAUCAAUAUGUUGUUCCCGAACAAUAUCAAACGCAGAUGAAAACUGUGGGUGUUAUGGGUGGUAUCAGCAUGGGCUAUCAUCCAGAUUCGGGCACGCCAGCCUUUUUUGUUCACCCGUGCAACACAGCCGAUGCUAUGGCUCAGGUGGCAGACGCUCAGAGCACCACUCCGGGGAUGUAUCUUCUCAUUUGGCUCGGUCUCGUGGGUCAUUGUGUGAACCUGCACAUCCCACGUGAACUAUUCGCUUCGGAUGGUACCAGACCCUCCUGCUCGGAAUCAUGA